AAAUUUUCUUAUUUAUUGUUAUUCACUCAAUUAUAUUUUACAAAACUAACAGAAAAUCUAAAAUUGGUUAAAAAUUAUAAAAGAAGGAACGAAAAGCAAAGUAAUUGAACAACAAAAAAUAAAAAGAUUGUAGAGCUGCACAUACCAGAGAACGUAUAUGAUAUACGUUCUCUGCUUAAACGCAAGUAAAAAUAAAUUGUACAAGAUCUUUCAGCUGCUAUUGUGAAUGAAAUGUAGAGAAAAUCGGAUUUUGUAUACUUCCCACACCAAAAGCCGCGUUUUCAACAUAUAACUUUUUCAGCUAACAACAGAAAAUUGUUAAUAAUUAAAAUUACUAAGAGGUAUAAUUGAAACAUUUUAAAAAUGACUUCCGCAUUAGCUUUAUUUUUAAGUCAGAGGGAUUUUUUAGGGAUCUAUGUAUUUAUAGCAUAGAACGGUAUUAUACGUUCUCUGUUUAUAGUUUAAAGUUUUAUGAACGCGCAACACUGUCAUUUCUAAAUACACAAACACUGUCACACAAAGCUGCCGCUAAUAAAAGGGAACGUCAAAAUUAGGAUUUUUAGUUUUCGUAUUAGCAACGUUUUGCACAAUUUGUUUAAUAAGUUUUAAUUAAACCUUAAUAAAAAUGGAUGUUCGUCCAAAUCAAACAAUUUACAUUAAUAAUCUAAAUGAAAAGAUUAAGAAGGAAGAACUGAAAAAAUCACUGUACGCCAUUUUUUCACAAUUUGGACAAAUACUAGAUAUAGUGGCGCUAAAAACGCUCAAAAUGCGUGGUCAGGCAUUUGUAAUUUUUAAAGAAAUUGGUAGUGCGUCAAAUGCGCUACGAACUAUGCAAGGAUUUCCAUUUUAUGACAAACCAAUGCGCAUCGCUUAUUCUAAGACCGAUAGUGAUAUAGUGGCCAAAAUAAAAGGCACAUUUAAAGAGCGUCCAAAGAAGGUUAAACCACCAAAGCCGGCACAAGCCACCGAGGAUAAAAAGGAUAAAAAGAAGAAGGCGGCAAAUGCUGAAAAUACGAAUCCUAAUACACAAACUGAACAACCACCCAAUCAAAUUCUUUUCCUCACCAACUUGCCGGAGGAAACAAAUGAAAUGAUGCUGUCUAUGUUAUUCAAUCAAUUCCCUGGCUUCAAAGAGGUGCGUUUGGUGCCAAAUCGUCACGAUAUUGCCUUCGUAGAAUUUGCCACCGAAUUACAAAGUAACGCUGCCAAAGAGGCGUUGCAAGGUUUCAAAAUAACACCUUCACAUGCUAUGAAGAUCACCUUUGCCAAAAAGUGAAAACCCAAUCACAGGCUUGAGGGCAUCUUCACGAUCUAUAUAUUUAAAUUUAACAUAACAGUAGUGUUCUUUAUGGCUACCCUCACACGGUGUGCUCGAUUAUGUGCAUUCAUUUUGCUAAUAGUUAGAAUUCAACACAAUGAAAUAGUAGCUGUAACAAAACAUAGCUGCUAAAUAAUGAAUUGAUUAAAGUUAGUUUCCUCAAUAUCCCUUUUAAUAAACAUUUCAAUAUACUUUUAUAAAUUAUACUAGUUCAUAACUUGCACAAUGACGUGUGAGGGUUAAUCUUCUGAUAAUCUGAAGUUAUAUAGUACAUUUAAGUGUACCAUAUUUCUUCUGGAAAUAAAGUGCAUGCCAUGUUUGGCAGUGGAAUGUAAUAAA